CGUCCUGGCUGUCCCAUCCCGCUGGGGUUUCCCCAUCCCCGUCCCGGCUGUCCCAUCCCGCUCGGGUUCCCCAUCUCGGUCCCGGCUGUCCCAUCCCGCUCCGGUUCCCCAUCCCCGUCCCGGCUGUCCCAUCCUGCGCCGGUUCCCCUUCCCCAGCCGCUCGCCGGGAUCAGCAGAGCGCUAAGGUCCCUUCCCACCCAAACCAUGCUGGAUCUGUGACACUCCCAGGACUGUCUUUGUCCAGGCUCAUCAGCCAGUGCUGCCCGCUGGGAAAUGAAGGCGCACGAAGGGUUGGGAGCUUUGCUGCCCUACAGGUGUUGGGAGCUGUGUGUCCCUCCCUCGCUGCCUUAGAGUUUACCUGCAGUGCUGCCGCUUGUGACAAUGGAGCUGUACUCUGGCUGACGUGAGAAAGGCAGUGCUGUAGCCCACGAGUACUGAUAUUUCAGCCAGCUGAGCCUUGCCCAGUACCUCAAGCCGUGUUGGAAGGAGUUUCUGGUGUGUUAAUCCAAAUGAAUACUGGAAAAGCUGCUGCACUGAGUCUGUCCAAGGCAGGGAUGGCAUCUUGCACUUUCCACAGCUGUUGGCCUUGUACCUUGGACCUAUUCCCCAACAGGUAUAGAUUGGGAGCUGCUCUUGGUGAAGCUGCCUGCGGCUGUGGUGUUGAUGUGCUGUGAAGGGAUUUACAGCAUGGAUUUCCAAAUGGAUUUGGAAUUGCCUCCUGCCUGGAUACCAGGGACCAGGCAGUGCUGCUGGUGGAGGGUGAAUAAAACAGGAGGCCUGGACAGGGAAGUCCUGUGCUCAUUCUUGCUGCAUAAGAGCAAGCACAACACAUAUCACACAAAUAAAGACAAUGAAAUUUUGGUCCUGGCAGUGUUUUGGUCAGCUCAUGCUCUCCUCAGUCAUUUCCCCAUCCUGCCAGCCCCUGCUUUGCUUUAUAGCUGGGAUGCUGAUAGGUACGCUGGGGAAGGCAAGGCCUGUGCUUGGGGGGAGAUAAAUCAAAAAGGAGAGUCCCUGAUUGUGACUGCUGGGUUGAAAGGCUCAGAUCUCUUGGAGCUCAGUGCUGCUCUGUCUCCUGGUGCCAUUGAAACGGAGCCACUCAUCACAGCACUUCCAGAUCUACAUUGGUGGGAAAAGCUUCUGAGAAGUCACAGCCUUGAAGAGCAAUUUAGGUCUUCAUUUUCAAAACUCUUCGUCCUGCUCUCCAGAUGGAGGAUCCCAUUCAGCUGAAAGAGGAGGGCAAUAAAUAUUUUCAGGCCAGUGACUACGAGAAAGCCCUUCAAAGCUACACUCAAGCCAUAAAACUCAACAAGGACAAAGCGCUGCAGGCAGUGCUGUACAGGAACAGGGCAGCCUGUUUCCUCAAAAAGGAGGAAUAUGCCAAGGCAGCCUCGGAUGCAUCUAGAGCUAUUGACAUCAAUGCUUCGGAUAUCAAAGCCUUGUACCGGCGUAGCCAAGCCCUGGAAAAACUGGGCAAGUUAGACCAAGCAUUCAAAGAUGCCCAGAAAUGUGCCACCCUCGAACCCCGCAACAAAAACUUCCAGGAGACCCUGAGGAGACUGGGGGCCAACAUCCAGGAGAAGCUGCGCAUUCAGUUCUCCACAGACUCCAGGGUGCAGAAGAUGUUUGAGAUCCUGCUGGAUGAGAACAGUGACAAAGAAAAGCGAGAAAAGGCUGCAAACAACCUCAUAGUCCUGGGGCGGGAGGAAGCAGGUGCUGAGAGGAUUUUCCAGAAUAACGGGGUCAACUUGCUGCUGCAGCUGAUAGAAACCAAAAAUCCUGAGCUGAUCCUGGCAGCCGUGAGGACUCUUUCAGGAAUGUGCACAGGACAUAAGGCUCGGGCCACUGCCAUUCUCCAUUACCUGGGCAUUGACAACAUUUGCAUGUGGAUGUCAGUGGACAAUGAAGAAAUCUCCUUGGCUGUCUGCAACCUCCUGCAGACCAUCACCGACUGCCUGCUGGGCCAGGGGAAGGAGGAGCACCACGGCAAGGAGGAGGCUCUAGUGCUAGACACCAAGAAGGAUUUGAGGAUGAUCACGAUGCGUUUGCUGGAUAUGCUGGUCAGUAAGAAAGUGUCUGGGCAAGGGCGAGACCGAGCCCUCAACCUCCUCAACAAGAACAUACCAAGGAAGGACCUGAAAGACCAUGACAACAGCAGGAGCAUCUUUGUCAUCGACAAUGGCUUAAAAAAGAUAUUGAAAGUGGUGGGCCAGAUUCCUGAGAUGCCUGACUGCCUGCCACUGACAGAGAACACCCAGCUGACUGCCUCUGUCCUCCUAAAUAAGCUCUAUGAUGACCUGCGCUGCGACCCGGAGCGGGACAACUACCGACUGAUCUGCGAGGAGUACAUCAAGAGCAAAAUUGACCCACAAGACAUGGAUAAGACACUCCAUGCUGUCCAGAUUGUGUCUGGUGUUCUGCAAGGGCCCUUUGACUUGGGCAACAAGCUGCUUGGCAUGAAGGGAGUGAUGGAGAUGAUGGUUGCCCUGUGUGGCUCCGAGAGGGAGAUUGACCAGCUGGUGGCUGUGGAAGCUCUCAUCCAUGCUUCCACCAAGCUGAGCCGAGCUACCUUCAUCAUCACCAAUGGGGUGACGCUCCUGAAGGAGAUCUACAAGAAGACCAAGAACGAGAAGAUCAAAAUCCGAGCUCUGGUGGGUCUCUGCAAGCUGGGCUCAGCAGGAGGCACAGACUAUGGCCUGCGGCAGUUUGCUGAGGGCUCCACUGAGAAGUUAGCCAAGCAGUGCCGAAAGUGGUUGUGCAACACCAGCAUUGAUGCCCGCACUAGGAAAUGGGCUGUGGAAGGGCUCUCAUACCUCACCCUCGAUGCAGAUGUGAAAGAUGACUUUGUUGAAGAUGAGCCAGCCCUGAAAGCUAUGUUUGAUUUAGCCAAGGCAAGUGACAAAACAAUCUUGUAUUCCGUGGCUUCUGCACUGGUGAACUGUACCAACAGCUACGAUACCAAGGAGCUGGUCCCAGAGCUGGUGCAGCUGGCAAAAUUCUCCAAGCAGCACGUGCCUGAGGAGCAUCCAAAGGACAAGAAGGAUUUCGUGGUGAAGCGGGUGAAGCGGUUGCUGAAGGCUGGGGUUGUCUCUGCCUUGGCCUGCAUGGUGAAGGCUGACAGUGCCAUUUUGACUGACCAGAGCAAGGAGCUCAUUGCCAGGGUGUUUCUUGCCUUGUGUGAAGACCCCAAGGACCGCGGGACCAUUGUCGCUCAAGGUGGUGGGAAGGCCCUGAUACCUCUGGCUGUGGAAGGCACAGAUGUUGGCAAAAUAAAGGCUUCUCAUGCUCUGGCAAAAAUUGCUGCUAUCUCCAAUCCAGACAUUGCAUUCCCAGGGGAGAGGGUGUACGAGGUGGUGAGGCCCCUUGUCAGCCUGCUGAACACAGAGAGAGAUGGCCUCCAGAACUACGAGGCUCUGUUAGGUCUCACAAACUUUUCAGGAAGAAGUGAUAAACUUAGGUUGAAGAUAGUCAAAGAGAAGGCCCUGCCAGAUAUCGAAAACUACAUGUUUGAGAACCACGACCAACUUCGACAGGCAGCCACUGAGUGCAUGUGCAACUUGGUGGUCAACAAGGAGGUCCAGGAGCGGUUUGUGGCUGAUGGCAAUGACCGGCUGAAGUUGGUGGUGUUGCUGUGUGGUGAGGAUGAUGAGAAGGUUCAGGUUGCAGCAGCAGGAGCCCUGGCCAUGCUUACAGCAGCACAAAAGAAACUCUGCUCGAAGAUGACUCAAGUGACCACCCAAUGGCUUGAAAUCCUGCAGAGGCUCUGCCUGCAUGACAACAUGGAGGUCCAGCACCGAGGACUGGUCAUUGCCUUCAACUUAAUCAGCGCUGACAAAGAGCUGGCAAAGAAGCUGGUGGAGUCAGAGCUCCUGGAGAUCCUGACCUACGUGGGGAAGCAGGAGGAUCACCCCAAGAAGCAGCACGUCAUAAACGUGGCACGUGAUUGCCUCACCAAGUGCAUGGAUUAUGAGCUGAUCAAACCUCUCUCUCAGGCGUGAGGGAAUGAAAAGCACCAAAAAAAGGCUGAGUGUGGGGGGAAAAAAUGGAGAAGUAUGGAAAAGUGAGAGCCAUGAGGGGAAUCUAGUGCCAUUGUCAAGGCACUGAAUAGUUUGGGGACAGCAUUGGAGGAUCAUAAGCUGUAUGAGGAAAAGAAGGGAAUUUGCCUGGGAAAUUUGGGACUUGUCCAUCUGAGUGAUUCCCAGGUGUAAAUCUUUUCUCUGCCCCCAUUCAGCUGAUAAUGAUGAAAGCUUCAAGGCCCAGCUAUAAAAGAGUUGGUUGUGUUGGGAAUAUGUCAGGAGGCUGUCGGGAGGAAAAUCAACAAAGCUGAAAUUGGUUCUGCCACCACCUCCAGCUCCUCCCACUUCUGGAAUUCCCAGCAAUGGUGGAACAGGGAGGGUUAAGUGCCUUCUAUUCUGUAGUCAGAAAAUAGGAUUUUAGCUGUGUGCUUUUUUUUGUUCCUUUAUUGGAAGCUGUGUGCCAAAGUGUGAGGAUGGUGGGUGAACUCUUAAUAAAUUCACUGCUUUGUUCCAUGUGGAA